UUUUUUUAAUACCUCUUCUUUUGUCUUAUUUUGUCUCAAUUUCGUCAUCAUCAUACUAUCAACAUUACCAUUAUCUCUGUAAUUGUGUUCCUCUCUGAUGCUCUCUACAACUUUACUCUAUUUCAUUUUUCUCUUGUUUACACCAAUCCAAUCACACAUUGAUUCACUUAUCACACGUUGGUCUUUAUCAUUAUAACAUUAAUAACAUUGGUACUUUCUUUUUCUUUUUUUCACCCUUGUUUCCUCCCUUUCCUUUGUUUUUUGCCUCUGUGCGCUGGUUUGAUACCAUUGGGUGAUCAUGGUUAAAGAAUCAAUCAAGCUGAUUAUCAAUCAGGAAAGCAAGUUUUCAUCCUAUCUCUCGGGUGACCGUAUCAAUAUUGGGAGCAAAUCCAUGAGUGAUCACGAGGAAGAAGAGAAUGGUAAAAACGAUGCUCUCUCUGCUCCUCAUAACGGUCCCCUUGGUAAUGGCUCAAUGAUUGACAACGAAGCUUGCGGUAUUCGAGAUGUAUGGGCUAAAAAUUUAUAUGAUGAGUUUAAAGUUAUUCGACAAGUGGUUCAAAAGUAUCCUUUUAUAGCUAUGGAUACUGAGUUCCCUGGAGUUGUGGCCAGACCGAUUGGUGAAUUUCGCUCUUCCUCUGACUAUCAAUUUCAACUGUUGAGGUGUAAUGUUGAUCUGUUGAAAAUAAUCCAACUUGGUUUAACCUUCCUCGAUGAUAAUGGUAAAACGCCACCCGGUUACAGUACAUGGCAAUUCAACUUUAAAUUUAGCCUUUCAGAGGAUAUGUUCGCCCAGGACUCCAUCGAGUUACUUCAAAAUUCUGGUAUCCAAUUCAAAAAACACGAGGAAGAUGGAAUAGAUCCACUUGAUUUCGCUGAACUUCUCAUAACAUCCGGAAUAAUCUUGAACGAUGAUGUCAAAUGGCUCUCUUUUCACAGUGGCUACGAUUUUGGUUAUUUACUAAAAAUCACGACAGAUCAAAAUUUACCGACCGACGAGUCUGAAUUUUUUGAACUUCUCCGUUUAUAUUUUCCAUCCAUUUAUGAUAUAAAAUAUCUAAUGAAAAGUUGUAAAAAUCUUAAAGGUGGUCUCCAAGAGGUUGCUGAUCAAUUAGAAUUGCAAAGGAUUGGACCACAACAUCAGGCCGGUAGUGAUAGUCUCCUGACUGGAUCAGCCUUCUUUAAAAUGAGAGAGAUGUUCUUUGAAGAUAACAUCGAUGAUGCAAAAUAUUGCGGCCACCUUUAUGGUUUAGGAGCAUCUUAUAUCAUGAAUGGUAACUGUCCGCCAGAAAAUACAACAGAGCCAACGUCAACAGCAACAACAUCAUCUACAACGACGUCUUUACAAACCACAACAUCAUCAAGCUCUUGAUGAAAUUAAUACUAGUUAAGAGCUACUCAAAAUUUAGUACCUAACCAUACACAUAAAUACAAUCUCUAUUUCUCUCUCACCGGAACAGAAAAAGAGCAAAACAAAACCCUGUUUUGAAUAUCGAUCAAAGAUUUCAUAAAAUCUGGGCUACUCUUGCUUCUUUUUCUUCUACUUUCUCCUUAGGACCCUUUUUCCUUCCCUUUUUCCCUUUCAACCAUUUUUCCUUUUCCCUUGUCUCUAUCGGACCUUAUUCAGACCCGAUAAGAAGUUAAUUGUAUCUUCUCGCAUGUUCCAAAGAUCAUUGUUUUAUAUUCAUCCUAUCGGGCCUGAAUAAUGGCCAUAUUUUUUAAAUCUUAAUAAUAAGAAGAAACCAGGAAAAGAAAAUUGGUGAUAUUUUGUGUUUUUAACAUACAAUCUGUUUUGAUUACGAAAAAAUAGAAGAAAAAAAAAUACUUCAACUUCCUA